GCUAUUUACAUCAAUGCAUUUGUGCCACAAUGUGAUUUGUGGUAUUGUUUUACAACAGUAUAUCUAAAACUUUCGCCGGAUGAGGGUCGAGAAAAUUUAUCUUCUCGAUCAGAAGCCAGAGCUAUCAGAACAGGCCUAUACAGCGGGAAAUUAACCGCGACAGAGCAGAGAAAAAUGUAUCGCUUUUUAUUAUUUGGUUCAGUAAUUGUUUUCGCUUUGUUCAUCCCAAAAGAAGAAGCAGCAACCAAGUGUCGUUCACGAUUGAAUUGUACGCAACCAAAUGCAUCAUUCUGUUGCAAGGAAAACAGCGCCUGGUACUCCCCUUUCGUAUGCUUACCAACGUGUGCUGAUCGAACAUGUGAAGAUGACGCUGAAUGCGGCGGAAUAGGCGGUGAAUGUUGUAAUACAGUAGACAAGAGAUGUACAACAAAGCGGAAAUGUUUGAAAGCGUGUGAUGAUGGGUUAAAAUGCGUCCCUGGCACAUACUGUUGUCAGCAAACGGGUUUCGAUCCACAAAUAUGUGCUAAAAGCUGUGUUGGUAAAACGUGUAACUUCGACAGCGAUUGCGGUCCACCGGGAGAAUGCUGUACUGGCGGCGGAGAAUGUGCCAAGUCAUGCGAGAGCGGUGUACCUACAUGGCUGAUUGUAGUCUUUGUCGUCGUUGGUAUUCUUUGUGUUGUUGGUCUUGCUCUUGUCAUCUUUCACUUCGCACGACGAUCUCCCACUUGUUGUCGUAGACAAGAUUCACUUACACCCCUCGUGUCUUAG